CCAGAGAUUCAAGACUGCUUAUCCUCUUCCCACAAAUCCUUAAUCUAAUUAUAGCUUUUGGAAGGGAAAACCCCAUCAAACUGUUACUAAUCGGUUAUCGGUGUUGUUUAGCUGGCCAUUCCCGGAGCCAUAGCUGAGCUCGGAGUGCUAAAGAUAGAGAAUGGGUGACACUAAUGAAAACAAAGACACCCAUCUGCAAACCGGAGAAAAUGAUGAUGAUCAUAAAAGGAAAUUAUGGAGAAAAUUUAGGCCAAAGCUUUGGUUUUCAUCCAUUUGGAAACGGUAUUCUCUUGAAUCAAAGGUGAAUGAUUUCAAAACAUUCUUGAAGAUCAAUAUUGUUCCUGCUUCAAUCUCUGUGGCAGUGGGUGUGUGGUAUCUGUUCUUGAAAUCGAAGGGGUCAAAGUGUAAAGUUGUUCCGUAUUCGGACUUAUUGAAGGGCCUUCAAGAUGGAAGUGUGACAAGGGUUCAAUUCAAGGAAAACUCACGUCGUAUAAUGUACAACAGUAAGCCACGAGGUUUUGAAAGUUCAGAAGUCUUAAAGAAAGGAAAAAAUGGUAUGUUUAAAUUCCAAGAAAUGUUGGCAACUCUGCUUACAAAAUUGUCAAAAAAACAUGACGUCUUGCCUGAAUCACACCGAUCAAGGAUUGAUAAUGAUGAAAAGAAGAAGGAACUCAUUGUUAACCAAGUUCCUAAUCGUGGGUGGCAGUUUUCUACAAGAUACAUUGAUGAUGAUUACAGGGAGCUUCUUGAUCUGAUGAAGGAAAAGGGAACGACAUAUGGAUUAGACCCUGAACCAUUUUUGGCUUCAACUGGGAGGCGGGUUUUUUCAACUUUAUUAAGUCAGGCACCUUCGUGGGCUAUGCUCUUUCUAGUCGCUAAUGGGCUAGGCGGUGGUGGCACCAUAGCAAGAAAGCCUAGUAAAAACGACACAGUAACUUUUGAUGAUAUUGAAGGUAUCGAUACCGCUAAGGCAGAACUAAUGGAGAUUGUUUCAUGCUUGCAAGGAGACUCAAACUACGAGAAUCUUGGAGCAAAAUUACCAAGAGGUAUCCUUCUGGUCGGUCCACCUGGAACAGGCAAGACGUUACUAGCCCGUGCGGUGGCUGAACGGGCUGGAGUCCCAUUUUUCAUCACCUGUGCAAGUGAAUUUGUCGAGAUGUUUGUUGGAAGAGGAGCUAGUCGCAUCAGGGAUCUUUUUAAGGAGGCUAAAAAAUGUGCACCAUCCAUCAUUUUCAUCGAUGAACUUGAUGCUGUUGGGCUGAAGCGUGGUAGAGGCUUCAACACCGAGGGUGACCAAACGUUAAACCAAUUGUUGACGGAAAUGGACGGAUUUGAAUCAGAUAAAAAGGUGGUGGUAAUCGCCGCGACCAACAGACCUGAAAUGUUGGAUUCAGCUCUGCUUCGUGCUGGCCGGUUUUCAAGAAAAGUUUUUGUGAGGGAACCCGAUGAGGAUGGAAGAAAGAAAAUCUUGGCCAUACAUUUCCGAGGGGUUCCACUCGAGGAUGAUAGAGAUGUGAUCUUCGAUCUGGUUGCAUCAAUGACGCCAGGUUUAGUGGGUGCUGACCUUGCAAACAUUGCGAAUGAAGCCGCUCUUCUUGCUGCACGUAGAGGUGGAGUAUGUGUGUCGAGAAAUGAUGUAAUGGAAGCGGUAGAAAGAGCGAAACAAUCGUUUGAAAAUAGGCAGCAGCAAUAUUACGACUUUAAUGAACAAGAAGCUCAGGAAAUCAAUUUGAUCUCAUCCAGACUACUUGCACAGUCGAGAUUCGACUUUUGAGCAACAAAAACCAUACAAUUUUUUCUUUUUGCCGUCAAUUGUUCCUACGAAAGGGUUCUAACGGAGUCAAACUGCCGCUUUAGGCCAUUAUUCGGUUUCGGUUUGAGGUCAUAAAAAGUUUAACAGAUUCAAACUCAUUUGGGGUGGAAAUGUAUUAGAACAAUGUGAGAUUAUCAACAGGGUCAAUCUUUAUAACAAAUAUCCUAAUUGUUUAA